AUGGCCGACCCGAUGGAUGGAAUCGGAUCCACAUCACCGGCACCGGCACCGGCACUACCGGCGUCACAGCAGGGUCCAUUGCCCUCAAUUACUACCUUGAUGCCGUUGCCGCCAAUACCCGCCGUGUCAGCGCCGCCGCCGGCCCCGGCACCCAACAGCUUCAACCGUUCGUUAACACCGCCCGGACAUUCCUUAACAGCAGCACACCCUAUAACCGCCAGGGGCACUGCAUUCCACGCCUCUUCAGCAACACCUCCGCCGCCACAACUCCCGCCUAUUCCAUCUUUCAACUACCAAAACCAGUAUCCGCAUCAGCAUCAACAACCACCACAUCAACAAUCAACACCAUGGCAACCGGCCCCGAUAUCCCGACUAACACCGACACGUCAAAGCCCCUACCGCCCGUCGUCGUCAUCAGCACAUACGCCGUCGCCCACUAGGCCAGCUUUUGCUGCUCUCAAUCAACAACAUCAACAACAACCACCCACGCUCCCCGGUCCAGCGGCCUUACUGAACAAUUACAGCAACCCCUACAUCCCCAUCUCCAACGCACCCUCGCCGGCGCCCAGCAUCCCGAUCCUGUCAUCCACCACUGUUCCAUCCUCCGCCCGGCAAAAAGGGCCCCAGCAAGAACAGAGACCCCCGAAUAAACAGACAAAACGGCGUAAUCGCCCCGCUGUCUCAUGCACAGCAUGCAGGGCGCGCAAGAUCAAAUGCGACCAAGGGAGACCGUGCGAAAGUUGCGUCAAGUACAAGUUUCAUAGAGGCAGAUGCGAGUACGACCAGUCGAGAUUACCCAAGGAGAAGUCCUGGUCUUGCAAAGCGACGCAGAUAGAAUCGAGAGAGGCUUCGCCAGAACGGGAGCCUACCUAUUCAGCUGUGCCCCAGAACGGCAGAGGUACGCCAGAUGGCAUGGUGAACGAGGAAGGGGGGGCUUUCUUGACCGGCGCACGAAAUGGUCACGAUGCACGGUAUCGCGAGCGCGACUACCCGGCGUCUGUUUAUGCGGGCGCGUAUCGCGGCAGGUCAACUAGUCCCCAGGUGCCGGCCUCUACGACCGAACCUGGACCAUCGGCGGCUUUGAGUCCGAUUUCUCAUCCCCAACACUCGGGUGGUCCUCUUUCUCAAACUGAAGUGGGAAUGUCGGAGAACGAGGCACUUAGGAGGGAGAACCUCAUGUUGCGACAGAAGCUCGUGGAGAAACAUCAACGCGUGGAGCAGCAGCAGCCACAACUACUAUCACCAGGAACAAGACCGUUGCCAGAAAUUGGACCUGGCUCUCAGACUGGCGCGCCCAAGACUGGCUGGCACGUCAACCAACUUUUUCCACUAGUUAGCCGGGCCAGCUACAAAGCCUUCGGAAGAAAGGACGACCAAAACACGGCCUGGUUCAACCUUAGAACAUGCACCCACCUUGUCCGAAAACUCGAGGAAUCGCAAUCCCGAAUCCUCGCCCCCCUUGACGUCGGCGACCUCGGCGGCGCCCUCCCCAUGUCCUACCGCCAAGACGCCCAACGCCUAACCGAAGCCUAUUUCCGCACUUUCGAGAGCGUCUACCGCAUCCUGGACGUGCCCGACUUUUGGAAGCGGUUCAGAGAAUACUUUGAUGGCCAGCUUGACAAGCAAUCCCAAAGAGCCUUCGUUAUCCAGCUCCAGCUUUGCAUGGCUAUCGGGGCGGUAUUUGAGGAUGUUGGUGGUUUAUUGCGGACGUGUCAGGAGAGAUGGAUCCAGGAAGGGCAGUCAUGGCUUUCCCAAUUCCCGUCGACGGAGCUGGCCUGUUUGCAGACCAUGUGUCUUUUACACCUCGCCAAAGAGGUUUGUGGAUUUGGCGGAGGUGCGGGUGAACUAACCUACAUCUCGGCUGGUUCUCUCUUGCGAAAAGCAUUGUGUCUAGGUCUUAACCUGGAUCCCCACGCGUCAAUGCCCAUCUACCAAGCCGAACUGCGUCGACGAUUAUGGGCCACCGUCUUGGAAAUGGUUGUCCAAUCGAGCUUGGAUACCGGCCUUCCACCGGGUAUUUCCAUCAACGACUUCGAUACUAGCCCACCGGCGAACUAUGACGACGAGCAGCUUGCCCUCCCGAACCCGGUUCCUCGUCCAUCGAAAACAUUCACGCAAACGACCGUCCUCCUUGCAUUACACCGCUCGUUCCCUGUGCGGUUAACUAUUGCUCAACACGUCGCCACGCUGCUCAACUGCUCCAAAUCAAAGGUCCCGGUAGUCGAAUCCGAACGAACGACAGCAUUCCUCAACGUUGAACUGAAGGAUAAACUGUAUGAACUAAAGCGCACGCUUCAAACCGGCUAUGACCGCGCCGGCAUCUUGCCAGAUCGGAUCUCGAUUUUCCAGCUAAAGAUGGCGGAGAUGUUGAUUAAUCGCUUCUUUUUGGGUUUGAACUUGGCUCUGGUAAAACCCUCCGACGUGGAAAUACCAGAAGGGAGGAAAGAUUGUGUCGGAGCAGCAAUUUCAAUCUGGAGGGAUGUUGUUUCAGGUUUGGGCAACGCAAGAGAAGCAGGAAGGAGCUCUGGCGGAGGGGCGGCGCAACACCAAAACAUGGACGACUUCACCAGUCUGCUGAGCCGCGGAAGCGGAAUCUCCUACCACGCAACGGCUAUGGUGGCUAUUUUGACUCUGCUGAUGCAGAAAAAGCGGGAGUUGGAGGAGGAGUGGCAGCAACGACAAGUCCGACGUGGUCACCAACAUGCGCCGCUGCCUUCGAUCAAUCGCCAUGGGCACCUUGACCACCGGGCAUCGUCAACGGGCUCAGCUGGUUCGGAUUCAAACUCCACAGCCUCAGCAAGCAACAAAAGCCGGGUAGAACAGGACGCGUUAGCAGAAGAAGCAGCAAGACGGGACGUACUAGACCUAAUUCGUUAUGCCGUCGACUGGACUUUUGGCAGAAUCCAAACUGCGAACGUGGAUACGGGGAGCAAUGUUUGGAUGCACUUGCUUUUCUCGGCGGCUCUGGAAGCGCUGAUAGGUUUGCGGAGGAGGUUGGAGACGCAAUUGCAGCAGCAGCAGAAUGGGAGUUCGAUGUCUCAGGUAGAGAGAAACUCGGAGGAAGAAGUGCAAGAACUGGAAGUACAAGUAACGAAACGCAUUGUAAAUGAUUUGAAGAGGGUUGUUGAGGUCCUGACGAGGGUUCAACACGAUGGCGAUACUGCUGCGUUGGCGACCAGGGUCGCUAAUGAAAGAAGCUUGGGGUUAGAGAUGGGGGCAGAGAGGGGAGGUCAUCCGGUCAUGCACUUCAGAUCUGUCUUCGAUCUAAGAAAAUACGAAGGUCUAUUCGUUCAAGAGUAG